AUGGGUUCAAGCGACGUGGCCCCGGCGCACGUGCCGGACUGGGUCGUGCCCCUAUCGACGGUCGCCCUUGGCGUCGGUGUGCUGUUCUGGAACGCGACCUACAUCCUCAUGACGCAACGGAGCCUGCGCACCAAGUCCUACCCCAUGCCGGUGCUAGGUCUCGCCCUCAACGUAUCGUGGGAGAUCGUCUACGCCCUCUACGUGUGCGAGGCCUUCCUCGAGACGGCCGGCUUCACAUUCUGGCUCAUCCUCGACAUCGGCCUGAUCUACACGACGGUCCGGUUCGCGCCGUACGAGUGGGAGCGGACCAGCAGCUGGGUCGGGCGCCACAUGGCCGCCAUCCUGGCCGUGAUGACCGCCGUCGGGUGCCUGGGCCACUUCGCAUUCGUGAGCUGGUGGCUAAGCAGGCCCGGGAUUGGCCACGGCGACAAGUCCGGCAAGUGGUACUUUGGCCAGGACCAGUAUGACACCACCGAGCUGGCCUACUGGUCCGCCGGUGUGGCCCAGAUGAUCGACAGUGUUGGGUCUCUUGCGAUGCUGUUGGUCAGAGGGCACUCUGGGGGCACAAGCUACGCCAUCUGGAUCUGCAGGACGAUCGGCACAGUCUCCGGUAUGGGUGUGUGCAAUGGCAUCCUGUGGUACUACUGGCCUGAAGCACAUGGCUUCUUCCUCAAUCCCCUCGGCAUGUUUUUGUGCGGCACGGCGCUUCUCUGCGAUUUGGUCUACCCAUUUGCGCUGUGGCAAGUCAGGAAGACAGAAGUUGCACUCCCAGACGGCAGGCUCGUGAGCCAAGAACAAUUCAAUCAUAUGCAGAUGACAGGCAAGAAGAGGCUUUGA